ACUCACCACCUUUUUCUAAUAUCCCUUUCUCUCUCUUCCCGUUUCUUCCGUUCCUUUCUCUUUUAUUUACUCCCAAUUUCACACCUUUUUCAACCCCUCUCGCUUUUUUCUUCUCUCUCAGUCUCUCAAAAGGGUCCUAAGAUUCUUUGACCCUUCUGAUCUCAUAGAUUGCAUUUUGAGAGGCUGAGGAUUUGUGGAAACAGAGAUGCCUAACCUGGGAACGUUGGAUCUGGCAUCUGGGGUUGGUGGGAAGAUUGAGAAGGACAAUGUUCUCUCCGCUGUAGACAAGUACGAGAAGUAUCAUGUCUGCUAUGGAGGCCAGGAAGAAGAGAGAAAAUCCAACUACACCGACAUGGUUAACAAGUACUAUGAUCUUGUCACAAGUUUCUAUGAGUACGGAUGGGGAGAAUCUUUCCAUUUUGCACCCAGAUGGAAAGGUGAGUCUCUCAAGGAGAGUAUUAAGCGGCACGAGCAUUUCCUUGCCUUACAACUUGGGCUGAAACCGAGGCAGAAGGUCUUGGAUGUAGGAUGUGGAAUUGGUGGACCAUUAAGAGAAAUUGCUCGAUUCAGUUCCACAUCCGUCACUGGUCUCAACAACAAUGAGUACCAGAUAUCUCGCGGAAAGGCCCUAAACCGGAUGGCUGGUCUGGACCAGACUUGUGACUUCGUUAAAGCUGAUUUCAUGAAAAUGCCAUUCCCCGAUAACAGCUUUGAUGCAGUCUAUGCAAUUGAAGCCACAUGCCACGCCCCAGAUGCGGUUGGCUGCUAUAAGGAGAUAUACAGAGUACUGAAACCCGGCCAGUGUUUUGCUGCAUAUGAGUGGUGCAUGACUGAUGGCUAUGACCCUAACAAUGAAGAACACCAGCAGAUUAAGGCGGAAAUUGAACUCGGUAAUGGCCUCCCUGACAUUAGAAGGACACAUCAAUGCCUUGAAGCUCUUAAGCAAGCUGGUUUUGAAAUUGUGUGGGAGAAAGAUCUUGCGUUGGACUCACCCGUUCCGUGGUACUUGCCCAUGGAUACAAGUCACUUCUCUCUCAGCAGUUUCCGGUUGACGUCUGUUGGACGUUUUUUUACCAGAAAUAUGGUUAAGGCCCUAGAAACACUGGGAGUUGCGCCAAAGGGAAGCCAAAGGGUUCAAGCUUUCUUAGAGAAAGCCGCAGAAGGACUUGUUGCCGGGGGCAAGAAAGAGAUUUUCACAUCGAUGUUUUUCUUUUUGGCUCGCAAGCCCGACUUGCCAACUCAGUAACGUGUAAGCGACAGGACCUGCACGCCCCCUGCUGCAAUGUGUAUCCAAUAAUUUUAGGGAUCCUGACUAAUAGAUGGUUUUGAUCGGGACCGUUUGUGGUACUCACUAGGUUGGAUUUGCUUGUAACCUGCUGUCUUGGUGUGUAUUGUGAUACCGCUAGUUGCUUUAUUUCUGUAUCUGUUUGAUAUCAUGAGACUUGCUUUCGCCUAUCUCCCCCAAGUAUCUUUCCUCUACAGUGUAUUCUCAGAAUGGCAAGAAAAUAGGAUACUGUUUUUAGCAAACCUGAAUUUCUCUGAUUGUGUCUA